CAAUGAAUUCGGACGAAGUCGACAUUGACUUGUUCAGUGAUUUAACAGAAGAAGAAGUGCAAGCAAAUGAAGCUCGGACUCAACAACUAAAGUCUCAACGACUGGAAUCCAUCGAGCAUUUCUCAAAAGAUCCCACUAAACGAUCCCUCGCGCAGAAUCGUUUAGUGUUUCGGCAUACGUACGGUCGUGCCUCUCCACCUCCUCUCACAGUGCCGUCGUUAUUAUCAACUGCAGAAUGUCAAGCCAUUCUGAGCCAAGUUUCUCAGCAAAACUCGGAAUGGCUUACGUCCCGGCACUCGGCAUUCGCAACAACCGAUAUCCCUGUCGCGAGCAUACCGAACCUCGCCGUCAGCCUACCUGCACUACUCAAUGAUCGAUUGCUAAGCAAGUGGAUUGCCCCACAUUUCGGGUUCCAUCCAACUCGGGAUCUGGCGUUUCGAGACCUGUUCAUUGUACGAUACGCGCAUGACGCUCAGCGAGGGCUGCAGAUGCAUACCGACGGAUGUUUAGUCUCGUUCAAUAUAUUACUCAAUUCACAUACGGAAUUUGAAGGCGGUGGUACGAUUUUUGAAGGAGUAGAGAAGCCUGUGCAAAUCCAACAAGGCGAUUGCGUGAUCCAUGACGCUCACCUUCAACAUGGUGGUAUGGAGGUUAGCUCGGGCGUGCGUUUGAUCUUGGUUGGUUUCGUCGAUACCGUUGACACCAUCACCAAGGAUAGCAUUGGUCGAUCUAUGGCGAGAACCAUGUGAAGUGAUCUACAGCGUUGCUAAAUUUUCCUAGAUCAGCAAUGUGCCUCUGCUCGUAACUCAUUUGACGACGUUUUUGAAACCGUUACCAGUGCAGUCUAUAAGAACUCACCUCUGCCCGUCGCAUUCAUAUAUCCGCUUGCUCAUUGCAGCACAUCAUGUAAUUUAAACCCCAACAUCCACGCAAAACCAUCAUCUUUAGAGCAGUUACCAUAGAAUAAUACUAAUAAAAAAAAUUCAUUGUCUCAAUGAGGUUCUC